AUGGAUUUUCCACGCUGUCAAUCACUAUUUUUUUAUAAUCCUGCAUAUGAAUUUACAGGUCAAAAACUUCGCAAUUUAAUUAGUUUAAUUUUCAAGUUUUUUGACGGAUUCGUGAGAUUUAAGCAAUUUUCUUACAGCAAACCUAAUGAGACAACAGAUUCUGACGAGAGAGUGGCAAUUCGUUCACCUGUACAUUCACCUGAUAAUAAUAACAAUAACAUGGACUUUCAGUAUGAUCAUAAAGAUGAUUUAAGUUUUCAAGAUAUUAAUGAUGACAAUAAUGCAUAUGGAUCAAUUAAUCCUCAAGACUAUAAUGAUGAGAUGAUAUUUUCGCAAGAUAAUGUCAAUUCAUCUGAUACUGAAGAGGAAGAAGAAAGUGAUAACGAAUACAAUUAUGAAGAGAAGGAAGAGAAGGAAGAUAAUAAUGAAAAUAAUGACGAAGAGGAGGAAAAGGAAGGUAACAAUGAUGAUAAUAAUAAUCAAGUGGAAGAGGAACAUAAUAACGAUGAAGAAAAACGUUCGGCUUUUGGGUGGGCUUCUGAAGUACAGAAACUCCAAAGAUUCGUAAGUUCGGCCGUUCGGGUAGGCUUCCGAAGUACAGAAACUCCAAAGAUUUGUUCGGCCGUUUGGGUGACUUCCGAAGAAUGGAAAAAACCAAGUUUCGUUCGGCGUCUCGGGUUCGGGUGGGCUUCCGAAAAACGAAAACCCAAAGGUAAAGAUUGUCUCUUAUACACAUCUUGA